AUGACAACUUAUUUAAAGAGUAAUAUUCUUACAAACUACUUACCAACAGUUAAGUUUCUUUACGGCAGAAAAAUCGGACAUUCGUGUCCGAGCCACGACCAUUUCCUCUGUUAACUUUACCAUAAUGUUUGCAAUUCAUAUAAAAGUACUUGAAAUAAAGUAUAUGAGAUAAAAGAUUUUACAGAUGUUAAUAAUAAUUUAAGGAAAAAAAAAUGUGAUUCAGAUCAUCACGACAAAUUUCUUAACUGUAAAUCAAAGACACAACCAAAACCCAUCGCCAUGAUGUAUUUAUGACACCUGACGUUAGAAAAAUGCAUAAGGUUGGAAAAUUGAAUCCUUCAAUUGAUAUUAUUCCAUUACAAGGAUCUAGUGGAAAUUAUAAAUCAAAAAUUAUGAAUAACAAACACAAAACUGAUUCUUCUCACAAAUAUUUGCGGGAUCAAUUAUUAAUUUCACGUGUACAAACGUAUAUGCAUGAAAAUGAAAAUAAAGUCUAUAUCGAUGUUAAUGAAAUGGCAGAUGCUUUACAAAAAAAGUAUAGAGACUACCGUAUUAAAAAACGAGGUCCUUUCAGAGCAUUAGUACGUAAAGCAUACGACGAACUAACAGAAAUGUUUGCAAAGAAAUACUGUUCUCGUGAAUGGCCUUCUUACGACGAUGAAGACGAAGAGGAAGAAGUUGACGUCGAGUCAGAUUCUCAAAAUACCAUGUUAGACGGAAUGCUUUUAAAAAUGUAUAAAAACUCACAAAACAAACAGAAUGGAAAUUCCAGUGAUAAAGAACUUAUAGACAUCAGCAGUGACGAUGAUGUGAGCAAGGUGGAAUCAAAUUCUAAUAAAACAAAUGAACCUGAGGUUGUAGAGAAAGAUCAACAAAAACCAGGUCCAUCUUCGAGUACGGAAAAACCUGCACACGUUAAGGAAGUUGUUGAACAACUAAAAACACCUAGUAAAGAAAUACAACGAACUACAACAGUGGCAACAGCAUCUACUACAACAAUUACAAAUACAAUGAUAGAAUCCACAAAAAAGCGACAACGUGAUAAAGAUGAUAGUAGCCAGUUUACGUUCAUAAAAAAAGUUAAAGGAAUACCAAUUUCUGAACCAAAAGUGACAUUUGCAGACAUAGGGGGAAAUGAUAAAGUUUUAAAAAUUGUAUGCAAGUUACUUGCACAUAUGAAACAUCCAGAAAUCUUUAAGCAACUUGGUAUAUCUCCACCAAGAGGAUUUUUACUUCAUGGUCCACCUGGAUGUGGAAAGACUUUAUUGGCAUAUGCUAUUGCAGGAGAGUUAGGUAUACCAUUAUUGAAAGUAGCAGCACCUGAAUUAAUAGCAGGUGUAUCAGGCGAAAGUGAAGCAAGAAUUCGAGAAUUGUUCGAACAGGCACUUGCAAUAGCACCUUGUGCAGUCUUUUUAGAUGAAAUAGAUACUAUAGCACAACAUAGAGCCACAGCUCAAAGAGAAAUGGAGAGAAGAAUUGUUGCGCAACUGUUAUCAUGUUUGGAUGAACUAAGUUUAAAAGAAAAUGGUACUAGAGUAUUAGUACUUGGAGCAACGAAUCGGCCUGAUUCAUUGGAUCCUGCAUUAAGGAGAGCUGGUCGAUUUGAUCAUGAAGUAUGUCUGGGAAUACCAGAUAGAGAUGCAAGAGCAAAAAUUUUAGCUGUGCACGCGGAAAAAGUAGCACUUGCGCCAAAUGUUAGUUUAUCGACAAUAGCUUCGCUUACACCAGGUUUUGUCGGAGCCGAUUUAGUUGCAUUAAUUAGAGAAGCAGCUAUGGCAGCUGUGGAUAGAAUACUUGAAGAUUUGAAGUCGGUUCCAGAUAAUAAAUCUUCAGAAAUUCCAGAAGAGAGAAAAAUUGAAAGUUUUAAAAAUUCAAAUAAUUUAAUCGAAGAAGUAACAAUUGAACCAUCUACCUCAAAUCAAAAUAACGUUCCUAAGUUAAAUAACGCAAGUAAUGCAGAAAGUCUUCAAGCAACUUUAGAAAUGGAUGUAAUACAAGAAAAUUCCAAAUCUCCGGAUUUAACAGGGUUACUUACUUGGUUACGUAAUGAUCCGCCACUUUCUUCAGAGCGAUUAUCAAAUUUAUCCAUCGAACACAGUGACUUUGAAACUGCUCUUCGUAUUAUUCAGCCAUCAGCCAAAAGGGAAGGUUUUGCAACAGUACCUGAUGUUACAUGGGAUGAUGUCGGUUCGUUACGAGAUAUUAGAGAAGAACUGCAAAUGGCUAUACUUGCUCCAAUUCGACAUUCCGAACAUUUUACAGCAUUAGGAUUAACAGCACCUACCGGAGUACUAUUGUGUGGUCCACCUGGUUGUGGGAAAACAUUAUUAGCUAAAGCUAUUGCAAAUGAGGCUGGUAUUAAUUUUAUCUCCGUUAAAGGACCAGAGCUUCUAAAUAUGUAUGUCGGUGAAAGUGAAAAAGCAGUUCGACAGUGUUUUAUCAGAGCUAGAAAUUCUAUUCCAUGCGUUAUAUUUUUCGACGAGUUGGACGCAUUGUGUCCCAGACGAUCAGAAGGUGAUAAUCCGGCUACAUCGCGUGUUGUAAAUCAAAUGCUGACUGAAAUGGAUGGAGUGGAAGAACGACAAGGAGUAUUUUUAAUGGCUGCGAGCAAUCGUCCUGAUAUUAUAGAUCCAGCAGUAUUGAGACCAGGAAGAUUGGAUAAGAUUUUAUACGUUGAUUUGCCUACCUCAGCAGAUCGCGUUGACAUCUUAAGAGCAUUGACAAAGAAUUCAACUAAACCAAAAUUAGCUGCAGAUGUAGAUCUUAAAGAAAUAGGAUAUAAUAAUAAAUGCGAUGGUUAUACCGGAGCUGAUUUAGCUGCUUUAAUCAGAGAAGCUGGAAUAGAAGCAUUAAAAGAAUUAAUGGAUAUGCAUUAUUCUGGACAACCAGAAAUCUCUAUGCGACAUAUCGUACUUGCAUUUGAUAAAAUAAGGCCGUCCGUACAAGAGAAGGAUAUUAAACAUUAUGAAAAAUUAAAAAGAUUGUACUCGAUUAAAAAGAAAUCCGACGAUACACCUAUGGAAACUCCAAUAGACACACCUAUGGUAGAUGUAGUUAUGGAACCUAUGGAAACGUGA